AAUCGUGUUUCUUUUCUGCGAUAAUGUUUACCACACUGAUGUAUCGCACUGCAGCGGUCUCGAUGACCGUCUACAUAACCAAUCGAGUUGGAGUGUGGGGCAAGACGGAGGAGACGGACCACCUACUCCAACAGAUCACUAAUGGCCUACAACCAGUAUUUGGACUUCUGCGACGAACGCUGAAGCUUGAGGAGAGUGAUCUGAGCGUGGGUGAGCUAUCCCGGAAAUACUACAAUGAAGGAGUGAAGAGCACCUUCCGUAUCAUUCGAAACAUACCCAACUAUUCUGAGGAUCUGGCCGACGGAGCCAAGGUCACAUGUCUGGAUUUGGUGGAAAAGGCCAAGGAAUUGCGCCACAAAGAGUAUUCAACAUGGUGGAAUACUUCCGCCAAUAAGGAGCAACUGAAUUUUGAUUCACCAGAUUCUGGAGCUGGCGAUGGAUCUUCCGAGGACUUAGUCCCUUUUGAGAAACCAAAAUCCGUUGACAACUUUGCGGGGGAAGGAGGAAAUGGGGCUCUUGAACAGAGGGUUUAAGCAUUGCUCUAUAAACAAGAAAAAUUAACCUUACUCUCUCCAAAAUCUUAUUGUUAAAUCCUUGAGUAAGGUCCAUGUAUCAUGCUAGAAUCCCCAAUGCCCUGCAAAAGUCCAAUAAAAGGAUU